AUGGCCAACACUCCUCACGGUGGUGUCCUUAAGGACCUUCUUGCCCGCGAUGCUCCCCGCCAGGACCAGCUCGCCGCCGAGGCCGAGACCCUCCCCGCGGUGGUCUUGACCGAGCGCCAGCUGUGCGAUCUCGAGCUGAUCAUGAACGGUGGCUUCUCGCCGCUGGAGGGCUUCAUGAACCAGGCCGACUAUGACCGCGUCUGCCAGGACUGCCGCCUCGUCGACGGCAAUGUCUUCUCCAUGCCCAUCACCCUGGACGUCAGCCAGCAGACCAUCGACGAGGGCAAGCUCAAGGCUGGCUCUCGCAUCACUCUGCGCGACUUCCGUGACGACCGCAACCUGGCCAUCCUGACCAUUGACGACAUCUACCGCCCGGACAAGGAGAAGGAAGGUCAGCUCGUCUUCGGCGGUGACCCGGAGCACCCCGCCAUCAAGUUCCUGAACGAGUCCGUCUCCGAGUUCUACGUUGGUGGUAAGAUUGAGGCUGUCAACAAGCUGAACCACUACGACUAUGUCGCUCUGCGCUACACCCCCGCGGAGCUGCGCAUCCACUUCGACAAGCUGGGCUGGUCCCGCGUUGUCGCUUUCCAGACCCGUAACCCGAUGCACCGCGCUCACCGUGAGCUGACUGUGCGCGCGGCCCGCUCUCGCCAGGCCAACGUCCUGAUCCACCCCGUCGUCGGUCUCACCAAGCCCGGUGACAUUGACCACUUCACCCGUGUGCGCGCCUACGAGGCCCUGCUGCCCCGCUACCCCAACGGCAUGGCCGUCCUGGGUCUGCUCGGUCUGGCCAUGCGUAUGGGUGGUCCCCGCGAGGCCAUCUGGCACGCCAUCAUCCGCAAGAACCACGGUGCCACCCACUUCAUCGUCGGUCGUGACCACGCCGGUCCCGGUUCGAACUCCGCGGGCAAGGACUUCUACGGUCCCUACGACGCCCAGCACGCCGUCGAGAAGUACAAGGACGAGCUGGGCAUCGAGGUCGUCGAGUUCCAGAUGGUCACCUACCUGCCCGACACCGACGAGUACCGCCCCGUCGACCAGGUUCCCCAGGGCGUCAAGACCCUCAACAUCUCUGGCACCGAGCUCCGCCGCCGCCUGCGCUCCGGCGCCCACAUCCCCGAGUGGUUCUCCUACCCGGAGGUGGUCAAGAUCCUGCGCGAAUCCAACCCCCCGCGCGCCACCCAGGGCUUCACGAUCUUCCUGACGGGCUACAUGAACUCGGGCAAGGACGCCAUCGCCCGCGCUCUGCAGGUGACUCUGAACCAGCAAGGCGGCCGCUCCGUCUCGCUGCUGCUGGGUGAUACCGUGCGCCACGAGCUGUCGUCCGAGCUGGGCUUCACCCGCGAGGACCGCCACACCAACAUCCAGCGCAUUGCCUUCGUGGCCUCUGAGCUGACCCGCUCCGGCGCCGCCGUGAUCGCCGCCCCGAUCGCCCCCUACGAGCACUCGCGGAAGUACGCUCGCGAUGCCGUCGAGAAGGCCGGCACCUUCUUCCUCGUCCACGUCGCCACCCCGCUCGAGUACUGCGAGCGCACCGACAAGCGCGGCAUCUACGCCAGCGCCCGCCGCGGCGAGAUCAAGGGCUUCACCGGUGUCGAUGACCCCUACGAGACCCCCCAGAAGGUCGAGCUCACCGUCGACCCCUCCACCCAGUCCGUGCGCAGCAUCGUUCACGAGAUCAUCCUCAUGCUCGAGAGCGCCGGCUACUUUGAGCGCAUUGCUCACGCGAGUUUCGUACCCCGUAUCUAUCGCGGUCUUGAUCACGUGAGGCACGAUCUCCAUCCAAAUUCAACAUCACCGUUUCGGUCAACCGUCUCAACGACAUCGCACACCCACCAUGCUACCCCCAAGGAGCGCCAUCGGUCGAAUACCGCAUCGCAUUCGGCCGGUGCAUCCCCCCGGAUCCCCGGUCCACAUAUUCACCUGCGCCCAUUCACAAAUCGCACCCGUCUUCUUCUCCUCUCCCCCGUGCCAGGCCGUCCUCAACUUCCCUUCCUCUCGCCGCUAGCACCGACACGCCCUCUCCCCCCUCUAUCCAUCCACCUACGCCAGCACUUUGCCCGACUCAUCUCCACCGAAAGCCGCAACCACUACAAACGCCGACUGGCGCGCGGCCUCAAGAUCGGCCUCAGCUUCUAUGCCAUCCUGGUGCUGUUCCAAGUGAUCAAGGUUGGCAUGUACCAGGAAGAAAUCGAGCACAAGUGGCCUACGCCUCCAGAAUGGACCUGGAAAUCGCGCUGGUGUUUGCGCUCUGCACAGGCAUUCCAGCACCCCGAACAAAUCGGCAAGCUGAUGACCAAUUGGCCCAUGGUUACCGGGUUCUUGCGCGAGCUGCUGGAGCGAUUGGAGAAUGUGGAGGGCGAAGGCAAGGGCAUUGUUGAACAGGAUGAGGGCGGGUUCCUUGUCGAGGGCCUCGGUCGCACUGGGUUUGAUAUCUCGGCCAAAAGUGAGCCCUGGCGGAGAGGGUACUUUCAGGCUCUUCUGGGCGCAGCAAAGGCUGCGGAGAACCUGGAGGGUUGGUUGACGGAUCGCAAGCAGAAAAUCUCUGCGCCGGCCGAGUAUGUGGUCGGGCCGUCGAACCCGCGCCCCAAGCCUAUGCCUACUGGGCAGAAGAAGGUGCCGCAGGAAGAGAACUGUGAGGCCGCGUCGCCUUCGCCGGAGACAUUUUAUAUGAAGAUCUUGACGACACGGGGAUUUAAUACGGGACAGAAACUGGAGGCCGCACUGGCUUAUGCGGACUGGCUUGAUUACAAGGGACUGGGCCGUACUGCAGGAGACAUGUACGCCUGGGCCUUGGAUAUCGCUGUCGAGGGACUACCUGGUGAUGCCAGCAAGGUAGUAGAUCUCAAGACGGGAGUACUCAAAAACACUGGCUCUGACUUGCCAUCUGAAAACAUACUACGUGUGUCCACGGCUCUCGCUGUCCACAAUGCUCGCCAGGGCGAUCUCCCAACUGCUUUAUCCCUCUUCACAUCCGUCCUGAAGGCCCGUCGGAGUCUUCCUCUCUCGCCAGAAUCUACGCGGUCGCCUGUCCUCGCCCCUCUCUCUAACAGAUCAAACGACAUCUUUGCCUCAUUCUUCCACUCCAUCAAAAACAUGCUCGUCCCCGUGGACUAUCCAGCCGCCCCUCCAUCUGGCGAUGACCCUCCCCUCCGCACAUCCGCCUCUGCCUGUGAAGAAGCAGGAUUGAUGACCUACAUUGGCGAGAUCCUCUACGCCUCCUCAUCACAGGACACCGGUCUCGCCUGGACUCGCGACGCAGUGGAUCUGGCCGAGUCAACAAUCCUAACCCUACGCAGCUCCGAGACUGACCGCGACCCUCGCGCUCGCUGCGCGCAAUGUCUCAAGGUCGGUCUCGAAAACUGGAAGACUAUGGUGUCAACACUGGUUGCUCGCGCCAAGAAAGAUGAACAAGAAAGCAUCGCCAAGGCCCAGGGUGCAUGGUUCGGCGGCGAGAAGAGCGUGCAGACCAAGUCUCUUGAGCGAAGGAGGUGGGAGGCCGAGAAGACCCUCCUAGAAGACCGGAUAAAACGGCUGUUUCCUCUGCUUGAAGGCGAGUCGGAUCUCGAUGCCUUUGCCCCGAAUAGCUCGCUAUUUGUGUAA